CGUCUUGACAAACGUUAUCCAGAAACAAAACAUGAACAACAUAGCCACCAUCUGUUUCAAACCCUGCAUUCCUUUCCCAGUACAAUCUCCCAAAACCAGCUUCAGAAAAUUCCCACUCACAAUACCUCGAUCCAGUCUUCAAGAUUCUCAACCACCCAACUCAACCCAACAACAACAACAACAACUCAAUCUCUCUGUUCUUCGCUUCACAUUGGGGAUACGUGGGUUGGAUGAAUCCUACUUGCCCAGAUGGAUCGGUUAUGGCUUUGGUUCGCUUCUCCUUUUGAAUCACUUUCUUGGGAGUGAUGCAGCCGCUGUUACACCAGCUCAGUUUAGCACAGAGGUUUUCGGUCUGUCUUUAGCUUCCUUCUCAAUUGUGCUGCCCUACCUUGGUAAAUUUCUCAAGGGUGCUCAACCAGUGGACGAAAAGACUAUACCAGAAGGAACUGAACAGAUAUUUGUCAUGUCAACAGAGGUAGAGAAUGGCCUGAAGGAGGAUCUUGCUUGGGCAUCAUAUGUUUUGUUGCGUAAUACAAAUGCCAUAGCUAUGCUAAUUUUAAUUCAAGGAGAAAUAUGUGCAAGGGGAUACUGGAACAUACCAGAUGAUACAUCAAAAGAAAUUCUUUCGGAUUGGUUUAAGAAAAAAAUUGAAAAAGCUGGCCUCUAUGAUUUGAAAGACACCCUAUAUUUUCCCCAAGACUCAGAUUCUGAAUUUCAGGAUCUGGUACCUACAGGGACUCGCUGUCUUUUGAUCCAACCAGUCUUACAUGUUUCUAAUGAGAAUGAUGUUGGCUUGCAAAAACCUGGUGGGUUCAUUCUUCUGGCCUCAACUACAAGGUAUGCAUUUAGCAAUAAAGACAAAGCCUGGAUUGCAGCUGUGGCAAACAAAUUUAGAGGUAGAGGAUCUGUUGAAGAUUGAAAUCUGUGGCAUAGGAUUUAACAGCUCAAAAUCAAGACUUUCUUGGUUAAAUUAAGGGGGAAAAAUUAGGAAAUUGAAGAAUUAAGUGGAAUAUGUGAAGGGUCAGACUGAUUUGCAAGCAUUGGGAUAAGGAUUUAAGAUCAGUCAGUAGCAGCUUUUGGACAAUGAUGAACAUUUUCUAUAAAUUUUGAAAAAGUGGGUGCAUUGAAUUCUAAUUUGAAUCAAUGGAGGCAUCUCAAAUUUGAAAAUUACUAUUAGUCUUUAUACUUGUUUAUUAAUGCAGUUUAUGAAAGAAUUAUGUAACUUUUUUUGUGUUUUUCUUAAAAAGAGUUUAUGGAAAAUUCGUCAAAAACAGGUUUUGGUCUUGAAUUGUAUUAUUUAUAGAUGUAUAGAAGAUGGUCUUAUUGCAGAAGUUACCAUGAUGAUCUGAGAUUCUGGUUAGCCAUGUCAA